AUGAAAGUUUCCGUCACCGUUCACUCUGUCGCCGGCAUGGACGGCCAUACCGGCGUGCUCGCGAACAAGUCGGAUUUGUACGUUGAGUUGAAGUAUGGCACUUUCCACUCGUGGCACACGAAGAAAGUCAAGGACGCCGGCUCCACUGCCGACUUUGAGGAGACCUGGAGCUUCGACGCCAAAGAUAGCCACUCGACAUUCACAGUAAAGGUCAAGGAUGCCCGCCACCUCCGAAUCGACGAAACGCUCGCCGAGGGCUCCUUCAAAUUCGAGCAACGCGAUGGAUUCUACUACAAUGGCGAGGUCGGCCUGGUCGACCAAAAACACGGCAAAGACCCCUCCAUUAAGCUCACCGUCAAGUGCUCCGACUAG